AUGUCUGCCGUCAGCACCAGCUACCACCUCCGCCCCGUCUCCGACGCCGGCUCGCCCUCCUCCACCGCCAGCACCUCCACCGCGAGCGAGCACAGCCCCCACUUCCACCGCAAGCCCUCCGUCGCGCCCCUGCAGCGCUCCGCCUCCGCCGCAACCCACGCCCGCCGCCCGCUCUCGCCAUCAUCGCUUCGAGCACACCCCGCAGACCGUCCCCGCCCCGCACCUCCCACAGAGCUCGACCUCUCCGUCGCCCAGGCCGACAUGCCCCGCCGCUACCCCGCCCCGCCCACCGGCCACGACCUCAUGGCCCUCUUCCCGCCCGCCCCGCCCCUCACCCUCAGCUCCGGCCCCACCAGCGGCUACUUCCAGCAGCAGGAGCGCGCCUUCUUCGCCAAGAAGGGCAAGGAGAUCGUCCGCUGCCCCGUCCAGGCAGGCGGAUACCGAGGGCCGCGGACGCUGCGUGGCGGCGCCGCCAUCGCCAUUAUGGCAGCGGGGGUCGUGGGGCCCUGCUACUUAGGCCUGCUUCUGCAUUUGUGGGCGUUUCGGACUCCGCUGAUGGCGCACACGCACACAUACCGCCCGACCCGACGGCGGGGCGACCAAGAGGGGCGCGAGGGGUUGUUCGGCGCGCGAACCACGAUGCAGGAAGGUGCGCGGUGUCCGAGUCAGGAGACAGACAGAUCAGCCGGAGCUCGCUGCUUCGCGCUCCAAGGGAUCCGCAUACUCUUACCCUGGGAGCGGCCGCACUGGCACAACGACGAGGCGUGGUCCCCGGACCCCGCCUCGGAGCUCGCGCCACGGGCGGAGUCGACAGCCGCUAUCUGGUGUCUGGCGGAUAGGUUCAUGCCCAUGCCCAUGCCCAUGCCCGUGCCCGUGCUCAUGCGCAUGACCGGCGGCAUCAUGCCAGCCCUGCGCGCUCUGACCCUGACACGGCCGGCGCGUGCUGCCCGCUUGCGGCCAUCCCGGAAGCUGGCGUCGAUGCGAAAUUCAAAUGCGUUAGUGCGGCGCGCGGACGGCCGGAGAUGCCCGUCUAGGCCCUGCCGAUCGCGAGAGGCCGUCGCAGGCUGGAGCGCGGGGCGCGGUCAUGGUGGACCCACAGCGCGUCUCGCUAUCAUGCCCGGGCCUUCUCGCAUUGAGUGGCCAGCGGGGUGCGCUGGGAGCUCGCAACGUGUGAUUGGCCGGGGCAGCGCGAGGCGCACCCAAACCGCGCGUGCGCCCGCUGGUGAUCCGCGGCGCCAUCGUGGUCGCCGUGAGCACCGGCGCACAAGGGACGCGGUGCCCGGCGCUCAGGUCUGUGCCGGUCAGAGCGGGCGAGGCGAUGGACGGAGACACGAGUCGUUCGCGAAGAUGUUGGGCUUGAUGCGCCCGGCGGCAGGCGAGCCCAGGGCACGGUGGACGCGAGCGAUUACGGUGUAUUCGAGCUCAUAUGUCCAAAUAGAGGCAGCUUCGUCCGCCAAGGAUGCGUCGCGCGGACAGCCUAUUACGGCACCGCCGUUUAUUGGGUGCCAGAUCACUGGAGGCGCACACGUUGAGGGCAAGGCUCAAGCUCAAGGGAGGGGCUUCCGCCGCACGCGGAGUAAACUUUCCUUCCAUACAUACACGAGGCCGACUCUUCUGUCUUCUGUUCUGCGGAAGAAGAUCGCUAUGACAUAUACUGCUGCGAGACUCAUUAAUUGCGGGCGGAACCAUGCAUGGAACCUACAUGUCGCCCCCGGGGAUGUGCGCUUUGAUUGA